CCUAAAUUCAAGAGGAAGAAAAAACUAAAUCCCUAAAUUAACCAAACAACAAAUGCUUUUGGCUUUUCUCCUUAUUCCGCCAUUGAAGCCAAACCCAAAACCCCAAAUUUUUUUGGGUUAUUCCAAAUUCACUCUGCCAUUGAAAGAUCCUAAGGUUGAGAUUUACUCUGGCCGUGCUUGCUGUUCAAAGAUUUUGAUGAUCAGAAAGACUGAUUGAUUGUAAAUUAGGAGAUUUUCUCUUAACAUUUUUGAAAUGGAGAAAGGGAGCUAUUGCCUCUCUGCCAUGUCAGCGUCAAAUCUCGUACUUCUCUUCACCAUUGGUGUGGUCACAAUAGUUAUGAUUCGAAUUAUGUAUAUUGUAUAUCGGAGAAGCAAACCGCUCAAUCCAAAAUCACCACAACCUCUCAGUGCCCUUAUUGUUUUGGGCUCAGGUGGUCACACAGCAGAAAUGCUAAAUUUAUUAAAUGUGCUUCAAAUGGAAAGGUUUAAGCCAAGAUUUUAUAUAGCUGCUGCUACAGAUAAUAUGAGUCUCCAAAAGGCACGCGUGUAUGAGGAUUCCUUGCUUGAUAAG